AUGUCGCAUCAGUGUGGACGACGCGGAGGUGCACCCAACUCGCGUCAAUGACUAACUAACCGGGUGCGAUCAGAACACGCGGAAGAUCAAUAAGUCCUUUGAUUUUUUAUUUUCGUGAAAGUCCUUCAGCUGCCCGACGGCCGAUUGCUCCUCUGCUUCGUGAGAAGCUCCUUUCCAACGGCCGACGAAGAUUCCCGGCGAAUCGUGGUUCUCUCCGACGAAUCAUCUUCUUUCUUACGUCCUCAAACUCGCCGGCGAAGCGUCUUCUUUCCAGCGUCCUCAAAAUCGCAGGCAAAGCGUCUUCUUUCCAGCGUUCUCAAAAUCGCCGACCGCCGUGAAUCACGGCUUCUUUGAUCGAUUUUCGGACGCUACCUGACGGUCCAGUCCCUCUACGCAACAGGUCUUCCUCGACGUCCGCUUGGUUCAGUUUAAAAGUCUGAAAGGAGACCAAUUUUUUUGUUUAAUCUAAUGAAGCACUUUGUCAAGAUUAUGGCCUUGCUUCUGGCUGCAUCUGCCGUUUGGAUUGGCUUAUUAAAAUCAUCAAUUGUCUCAGGGAGUAUAUGGUUGUUUCCAGUAUACUUUGUGAUAUCUUUGGGUUGCUAUGGCCUCCUAAUGGUGGGUGUUGGUCUAAUGGUGUUCCCUACAUGCCCACAUGAAGCUGUCCUGUUGCAGAAGGAUGUCACAGAGGCAGUGGAGUUUUUAAAAAAAAGGGGGGUUGACAUCUUUCUGAUAUGAAGCCCUUCGUCGAAGAACAUUGAGAGUUGAGUGGCUGGGUUGUGGAUUCCCUGUGCCAAGGCUGAACCAAGGGGAAGAUUUGGGAAGGUUUUGGAGGUUUUACUCCCAUGGAGAGUGAUGUUCGCAACGCAACGGGCUAUGAAUCCAUUCCCAAAAGUUUUGAGAAUGUGAACUGACCGGGAUUUUAACUAUUGUCCCCGUCCAUUAAUGGAGUCGGCCGUAUUUGCAUUCAAAUUUUACUGCGAUCGGUUUCAUAAGCAAAAUGCUGUAUUAAGUUUGAUUUCAAUUACUUAUCAGAUUCAUUCAAACCGAUUUGGAAAAAAUAU